CGGGCUGCGCCGCACAAACUUUGUGCCGGGCGGCGGGGCCGUGUGGCGGCGCGGCGCUGCCCCGGCACCUCCCUGUCGCGGAGCCGAGGGGGGAGCGGCCCCGGAGCGCGGCGGGCGGGCACGGGCGGCAGCCAGAGGAGGAGGAGGAAGCGCUGUCAGCGGGGCCGGCCGUCUCCGCCCGCCGGGCAUCCUUCAGCAGCGCCGGGCUGCGCUUCGCCCGCCGCCUGCCCCAGGAGCUGCUGAAAUGGGUUGUGGAUUGAACAAACUAGAGAAGCAUGAUGAAAAACGACCUGGUAAUAUCUAUUCAACUUUGAAGAGGCCUCAGGUAGAAACCAAGAUAGAUGUUUGCUAUGAAUAUCGAUUCUUGGACUUCACAACACUAAAUGAUACUGAGCUGCCAGGAUCAUCUGCAAUCAAGCUCUCCUCCUUGUGUGAUCUUCCAGCUCAGCUGCAAGAAUUGUACCAGCAGGGCUUUGUCUUGGCUGCUGUCCACCCUUUUGUGCAACCAACUGAUGAAAAAGAGAAAACUCCCCAGGAACAAAUCUUCAGGGCUGUGCUUAUCAAGAAAACAGAAAGGUCUCCAAAAGGUGACGUCAGUAGUGAAGGAUGUGUCUUGGAGGUAGAAUGCUGCUCCUCUUUUAACCACCUUUCAGAGAAAAAGGAGAUACCUGAUUUUAUUAAAAAAAUUCAAGAUGCUGCAAGUCAAGGCUUGAAAUUUGUUGGAAUUAUACCUCAGUACCAUUCCCAAAAGAACUGUCUUGUCAGCGCCUCCCUGACACCUGCCAGUAACAACUCUGUGCAAUCAAAAGAUAAUAAAAAUGUUUCAAAUUACCCUGAGGAUCAUGCUUCACCGGAUGGCGAGAAAAUAGAUGGCAUUAAUGGAUGCAGUACUUCAACACAGAGUGAGGAAAGUGCUGACCAAUGUGCCACAUCCAGAGAGGGCUGUAGAGGUGAAGGACAGGCUGCUGAAGAGCUGAAUCUCAAGUCUGCAAAGGGAAACGAGGAACAGUUUCAACACGCGAACCUGAGUGUAAGAGGAGCAGCAGACAAGAUGAAUGGACUAGCAGAGAAUGAAACACCAGCACGAUGUUUCAAACCACUUACUGGCAAAGCAGAGAUCUUCGCUCUCUUCAACAAGCCAAAAACCCCACAAAAGUGCAGCCAGUAUUACACAGUGACUAUCCCUAUGAGGAUCUCCAGGAAUGGGCAGACUGUCAACAGCUUAGAAGCAAAUUGGCUGGAGCACAUGACAGAUCACUUCAGGAAAGGAGGCUCAUUGGUAAACGGCAUCUUCAGCCUUGGAAUGGUAAAUGAGUCUUUACACGGGACAAUGGAUGGAGUAUUUCUCUUUGAAGAUGUUCCUGCGGAAGACAGUAAAACCAUGCAGGGCUAUGAUGCAAUUGUGGUAGAGCAGUGGACUGUCUUGAAGGGAGUUGAAGUGCAGACAGAUUACGUUCCACUGCUGAAUUCCCUUGCCAUGUACGGCUGGCAGCUGACGUGUGUGCUUCCUACUCCCAUUGUGAAGACAAACAGGGAGGGGAAUUUAUCUACAAAGCAAAUUGUAUUUCUUCAGAGACCUUCUUUGCCCCAGAAAGCAAAGAAGAAAGAAUCUAAGUUUCACUGGAGGUUCUCCAAGGAAGACAUGCACAACAGAAAAAUGAAGAAUUCCACAAAGGCUAAAUUAAGUACUAGGGACAAGCAAAGGGCAGAGGAGAAGCAGGAAUUUGAAGUCACAGAGAACACGAGGAACUUGGAAGCACAGAUCUCAGCAGCAGCCAAGCCUGAUCCAGAACAGCAGCUGGACGAUGUCAUAGACUUGGGAGACGAGGUCGCUGGGACCAAGGACACAGGUCCACAUCACGACGGGGCGUCAGAAGACACAUGUCCUGCCAGUUGCGAUGCUGCUGGCAAUGCCGACACUGCCGGGCCUGCCUGCCCCAGCCAGAGCGCGCCCGAGGGCUGCGCGGCUCCGGCGGCUGAGGGAGGGGACUGCGGGGGCAGCGAUGGGGCAGCGCUGGGCGCGGACUGCUCCUGUGAGUAACACCUGCAUUUCAGGAAUCCUGUGAGUUGCUGAGUCUUUGCCAAGACAAAAGAACAGGUUUUGAUAAUCCCCAUUGCUAAUAACUCCAUUCCUCAACUCAGCAUUGCUUUGGCGCUGUGCUUGCUUUGCUCCUUAGCACACUGAUAUCUUGAUGUUUCAAGUAACUACAGGGCCCAGACUUUUCAACCCACAGAAAAGGCAAAAUUCCUUCCACUGUACAUAGUGGGAAAUGCUCUCCUGGAGCUACGCUUUAAAUUAAAAAGUAGGGACAGACAGAGAACAUCCUCACUUUUUUCUGUGACUGACCUUAGCAAACAAGCUUUGAGCCCAGGUCAGGGCAAGUGUUCCAUUCCAGUUGGUCAGAUUUUACUCUUUAGUACUUUCUUGUCCACAUAGCUUUUCUGGAGAAGUUGUUGUGCCAUAUGUUAUUUUGUCACUAGGCUUGUAGUGUCAUGAAAAUGGUAUUUGGGCUUAAACAGGCUGAAGCUGGAAAGCUUAGAUAAGAUGGCUGUUAUCCUUAUUUAUCUCCAGUAGCAUACUUACUGAUGAUACUCUCUUGUGAAUUUUAUUAACCCUUGCAGAUCUUUGAACAAUAAGCAAAUCGUUUACCUACUUUAGGCACACUGGGUAAACAAGCCCUAUGGUAAAUUUGUGUGAGGCAGAUCAUUCUGAUACAAAAUGCCAUUUCCUGUUCACUCUUUGCCAGUCCACAGUUCAUCAGUAGUUGUGGGGGCUUGAGAAGACAGAAAACAGGAAACAAAAAAGCAGGUAAACAGUACUUCUGUCAGUGGUUAUCCUCACAAAAAUUAGAAUUAGAUGUUAUCUCCUGACCUUUUCCAGGUGGUUUUGCACCACUUCCUCACCAUUACGAAAUAACCUUAUGGGAAAGCACUGAAAUUGUACACAGGGGUCAGUGGACAACAGAUGUCACUAAAUGACCUUACAAAAUGCAAAUACCUUAAUAGAGCGUUUUUUCAUACAAGUAACCGUAUUUUGGGAUGGAUAACGAACAGAAUUCUGUAAAAUUACCAGCAUUUUUAUGUUUGAAGCUACAUUAAAAUAUUUACAAGUGAAUGUACAUGUAAUAUAGUUUCUGUGCCAAUGUUCUCCAAGUACUUCAGUAUUUUUAAAAACACAGGAGGAAGUGGUUUCUCUCUUUUUGACCACCUUCAUCCUUAUUUAGAAGUGGGGUAGUAAUCUGGUAACGAGGUGAGAAAUACAUUGUAAAUUCCCCUGCUUUUCUUGUUUAAAGAAAGAGCUCUGUAAGUGAUUUGCCAUUUUUUCCCUUGACUUGUGCCUGAUAAUUUUCUUUAGGCUUCAAAUCAAAAUGCUGUACAAAGAACUAUGUUCUGUAUCAGAUGUGCACCUAGAGUGGUUCAAAAGCAUCUUCUGUGCCUAAAAGUUACACAGUAGGCAGAACAUUGCAGAGAAAGGAAAAACGACAUCUCUUUGAAUAUUCAUUUAAUUGGGACGAAGGCACUCAAGUUUAAAGCAUUUGAUUUCACACACAGAAAGCACGGUGGUAUUUUUGUCAUUGAUUAAAGAGUUUUUUAUUUUGAAUUCAGUGGUUUAAUCACAGGACUGUAAGUAACUGCAGUUUCUGGUGGUAUUUUUCAAUUAUUUCCUUCAAUAUCUUGAUAUUAGAAUGGGGUUCCAAAAGCCUCAAAAAUAGGUUGUUUCAGUUGUUCUACUUAAAUACAAGCUCUCUGCUCUGUACAGUUUUAAGUACCUGUUUGCAGAUUUUACUAGCUUAAGAUCCUUCUACUGAUGGUUUCUAUCUCAAGGACUAGCUUUGUAUUAAUCUUGUUUAAAAAUUCACUAUAUUUAAUGAACGUUUUGCUAGUAGAAAGUGUUGCAGUAGAAAGACCUCUCCAAAUACUUUUUAAUAGAAAACAUUUAUUGGAUUGCAAUUUGACCUUGUUUAACUGGAUCCCAACUGCUUACAAAACUUAAGGAGAAAUAAAGGUCGUGAAGAGAUUCCUUA